ACCUUUCUGAUCCUGUUUCCCAUCCAGAAAGGAUUCGUCGGGCUGCUACCUAGUAUUUCUGGCCCAGUACCAUGACAGGUGGCACUCUGUUGCAGACACCGAGGGAUUUGCUCUGGGAGUCAGAGUAGCCGCUGCCGCCGGAAUCUGGAGCCAUGAGCGGGUUUAAUUUUGGAGGCACUGGGGCCCCCACAGGCGGGUUCACGUUUGGCACCGCAAAGACGGCAACAACCACGCCUGCUACCGGCUUCUCUUUCUCUACGUCUGGCACUGGCGGGUUUAACUUUGGGACUCCCUCCCAGCCCGCUGCGAGCACCCCUUCUACUGGCCUGUUCUCGCUCACCACCCAAGCUCCGGCGACACAGACCCCAGGGUUCAGUUUUGGAACCACAACUCCUGCUACGGGAGGAACGGGAUUCUCCUUAGGGAUCAGCGCUCCGAAGCUAAACCUGAGCAAUGCAGCCGCCACCCCAGCCACUGCUCACCCUGGCGGCUUUGGGCUCGGCGGCAGCACCCUCACCAACACCGUCUCGAGCGCUGUCACCUCCAGCCAGAGCACGGCACCCGCUGGCUUUGUGUUCGGCUCCACCACCACCUCUGCCGCUCCGUCCACCACACCGGGGGGAUUCUCGUUCAUAGGCGGAAGCACGUCCCAGAGCGGGACCUCCGGUUUCAACAUCGGCUCCAUGGGGAGUUUGGCCCAGCCCACGGCACUGGGCGGACUGCCCUUCACUCCCGCCACUCCGGCAACCACUGGAGCAGGAGCCACUCAGCCAGCUGCUCCUGCACCCGCCGCGGCCACCACCAGCGCCGGGCCCACGCUGUUCACCUCGCUAGCGACCGCUCCAGCCUCCUCCACCACCACCGGGCUUUCCCUUUGUACCCCGUCGACCACAGCUGCGGCACCCGGGACCGGAACGCUGGGCUUCAGCUUAAAGGCCCCCGGGGCGGCUUCUACCUCCUCCACGACAACAUCCACUGCCGCUGCCACCACUGCCACAGCCACCACCACGGCGGCCACCACCACCGCCGCCGGCUUUGCCUUGAAUCUGAAGCCACUCGCACCGGCCGGGAUCGCCAGCAACGCACCGGCUGCCGCGACCGUGCCUCCUGGCUCCGGUGCACCCACGGGGGCGUCCGCCAGUCCCGUGAUGACCUACGCCCAGCUGGAGAGUCUGAUCAACAAGUGGAGCCUGGAGCUGGAGGACCAGGAGCGGCACUUUUUGCAGCAGGCCACACAGGUCAACGCCUGGGACCGCACGCUGAUCGAGAACGGGGAGAAGAUCACUACCCUCCACCGCGAGGUGGAGAAAGUGAAGCUGGACCAGAAGAGGCUGGACCAAGAGCUCGACUUCAUCCUGUCUCAGCAGAAGGAGCUGGAAGACCUGCUGAGCCCGCUGGAGGAGUCGGUCAAGGAGCAGAGCGGGACCGUCUACCUGCAGCACGCCGACGAGGAGCGCGAGAAAACCUACAAGCUCGCCGAGAACAUCGACGCGCAGCUGAAGCGCAUGGCCCAAGACCUCAAGGACAUCAUCGAGCACCUGAACACGUCUGGAGGUCCCGCCGACACCAGCGACCCCCUGCAGCAGAUCUGCAAGAUCCUCAACGCGCACAUGGACUCGCUGCAGUGGAUCGACCAGAACUCGGCCCUGCUGCAGAGGAAGGUGGAGGAGGUGACCAAGGUGUGCGAGGGGCGUCGCAAAGAGCAGGAGCGCAGCUUCCGGAUCACGUUCGACUGAGCUGCCGGCCGUCUUCAGGGCCCGUGGGUUCCGAGGGUGUUGGGGGCAGUGGGCGCCGCGUAAUUAUUGUCUGGUUUUUGGUUGCCGUGAGUACUUGUUUGCUCCUUUCUUCCAAACGACUGUGCUGUUGAGAACAGUUCUGUGGUCUGGCAUUUCGCAUUAGUAAAAAGAGAAAUAUUCCAAGCACUCUGGUCCUGA